AUGACAUUUAAUUUUUUGCAGAAAAUUAAUUCAAAUCGAGACAAAAUUAAUAUUAAGGAACUAGAACGCCUAUCUGCUAAUAAAGUGUACGACUUUAUUGAUGGUUUUACUGAUGAUAUGGCUCAACAAUCCGACGUUGGGGGGGAUAGCGAUGCCAAAGACACUGUUUUGGUAUCAAUACCUGGUAGUCCUGGUACAUCUUGUUCCUCUAUUAUUUUAACACCUGACCCAUCUAUUUCUUCUACACCUCUUCCAGGCGAAGUCUCAGAUGAUGCCAAUCAGGAAGAUUUUGGUUUGCCAGAAGUGGAGGUCUCACGGAUGGAAAGCCUAUUUUCAGAUGAAUUUCAAAUAGAAGACGUACCCGAAAACGAAGAAGAAGUUCUACCUGACACUAAUUUAUCUACCGAUUUCCCAAUGAAAUGGACGAAAAACCUAAGAUUCCAGGAAAAAAUCAAAAACUUCAAUCAAUUCAAUUGA